AUGAUGGGCAUUCACAUCAUAUCUACUUUGCCCAUUCUGGCUUUUUUGUUCUUCCAACUGGCAGCAGGGCAAGAUGAACUGAUCAUCUCCACUGACAAAGGCAAAGUCAGAGGACUGAGGCUUCCUGUGCCGGGAGGUUCAGGGUACGUGGGGGCCUUCCUUGGGAUCCCCUAUGCCAAGCCUCCAUUGGACCUGCUUCGGUUCAAACGACCAGAGCCUGCUGAAGUGUGGAAUGGGAUACGAGGUGCCACCCGGUACUCCAAUUCCUGCUUCCAGGAACAGGAUUCAUUGUACCCAGGAUUCCCUGGAGCUGAGAUGUGGAAUCCCAACACCAGGAUUAGUGAAGACUGUCUGUACCUCAAUGUCUGGACUCCCUCAAUCAACCUCCAGAACCGAGCCAAACCGUUAGUCCCAGUUAUGGUGUGGAUCUAUGGUGGAGGCUUUUCCACAGGUACUGCCUCCCUCGAUGUGUACGAUGGGCGUGUCCUCAGCCAGUCGCAACAAGUGGUGGUGGUGUCUAUGAAUUACAGGGUAGGAGCAUUGGGUUUCCUAUCUCUACCUAAAAGUAAAAGUCUUAAAGGUAAUGCUGGUCUGUUUGACCAGCGCUUGGCUCUAAGCUGGGUGUCAAAAAACAUUGCUGCUUUUGGGGGCGAUCCAUCCUCCGUUACCUUGUUUGGGGAGAGUGCUGGUGCUGGCUCUGUGGGACACCAUUUGCUUUCGCAGGGCAGCCAUGGCCUGUUCACCCGCGCAAUUCUCCAGAGUGGCAGUCCCAAUGCCGUGUGGGCGACCGUGGAGCCAGCUCAGGCCUGGAACCGUUCUUUGACUCUGGCUCAGCUUCUGAACUGCCCACUUGGACACUUUUCAUCUGUUGAUGAAAUCGAGGCUUGCUUAAGAGCAGUUGAACCUGAGAAGAUAGUCAGUCUUCAAUUCAAUGUCAUUCCUGAUCCCAUGAUAAUAAGUGUGCCCUUUCCUCCAACAGUGGAUGGAGAAUUUCUGGUAGACAUGCCGAGUGUCUUAAUCCAGUCAGGACGUUUUCUAAAGACAGACGUUCUUUUGGGAUUGAACAAAGAUGAAGGGACAUACUUCCUUGUAUAUGGUGCACCUGGAUUUGGCAUCUAUAACCAGAGUCUUAUCAAUCGAGACCAGUUCCUCACGGGUGUAUCAUUGGGCCUCCCUGGUUUCAGUGACAUGGCCAGAGAGGCGGCUGCUUUUCAGUAUACGGAUUGGACCGAUGAGCAGAGCAAGCCAAAAAACAGAGAGGCCCUAGGCUGGUUGGUGGGCGACCACUAUUUUUCAUGCCCCUUACUGGAUUUUGCCCGUAGGUAUGUUGAGAAUGGUGGCAGAGCCCGAUUGUUCCUCUUUAACCAUCGCUCCAGCUUCAACCCAUGGCCUCGAUGGAUGGGUGUAAUGCACGGGGAUGAGAUCCCAUUUGUUUUUGGGAUUCCUCUGAACCAGACUUUAAGAUUCUCUAAGGAGGAGGAGGCCAUGAGCAGGAGGAUAAUGGAGCAUUGGAGCAACUUUGCUAGAAAUGGGGAUCCGAGUGUGGAGGGAGCAGAUUGGUCGCCAUUCAUGCUGGAACAUCAGCAGUAUGUCACGCUUAACACUGGCAUGUCACAAACACUCCGGAUGCUUAGAGCCCAGCAGUGCAAGUUCUGGGACAGUUUCCUGACAAAACUACAGUAUGUCACAGUGAGUAUUGAUGAAGUGGAGUUCCAGUGGAAGUCUCAGUUCCACCGCUGGCUUUCUUACAUGCUGGACUGGAAGAAUCAAUUUAACGACCAUGACUCUGUCAAAAAGCAACAGUGUGAAAACCUUUAA